AUGAGACCACCGUUAAUAUUCACGUUGAUCCUACUCGCAACUACCGUUGAUGCCGGCUUUUUCGACUUCAUCUCAAAAUUAGCCGGUGGAGGAAGCAGUAGCAGUAGCGGUGGCAGCGGCAGCAAAUCGUCGUCGUCGUCGAAGAAGGCGCCCGUAUCCGAUGAAAAAGCCAAGAAAUAUCUUCAAGAAUUUGGCUAUGUUGCACCAAGUAACAGCCUAAAUUCGGCUCCAGGAAUGUCAGCAGAUCUUAGCGAUGUGACCAGUAUGUUCAAAAGGGCAAUAACAAAAUUCCAAGAAUUUGCUGGAUUGAAGAAGACAGGAGUGUUGGACGAAGAUACGAAACAAAAGAUGGCGGAACCACGAUGUGGUGUGACCGACGUGUUAGCGGUGACCAGCGGAGGUGCGGCCUUCAAAUGGCGUAAAAACCGUUUAACCUACUCGAUUGAGAACUUCUCUUCCGAUUUACCACGAGACGACGUAAGAAAAGCAAUCCGAGAAGGCUACGAAACAUGGGCAGCGGUAACACCGUUAGAGUUUGAAGAAGUACCAGCCGGAAGUAAUGCAGAUAUUAAGGUUAGAUUCGGUGUCAAUAAUCACAAUGAUCCUUGGCCGUUUGAUGGAAAAGGUGGUGUCCUAGCACAUGCAACUAUGCCUGAGAAUGGAGCACUACAUUUUGAUGACGAUGAAAAUUGGACAUAUAUGGACGCCAGGAAGAUAGCCAGUGGAGAUUACACGGACCUCCUAGCAGUAGCGAUCCAUGAAGGUGGUCAUACGCUCGGCCUCUCUCAUUCUCGCGAUGAGACUUCCAUUAUGGCUCCUUUCUACCAUGAGACGGUCGAUUCUCGUGGAAAUUAUAAAAGGCCAACUCUGAAGUCAGAUGACAUUUCCAGCAUCCAAGACAUCUACGGUCCACCCACAUCACCAAAGCGACCAAGCGGAGGAUCAUCCUUUGGUGGGGGAUCGUCGUUUGGAGACAGUGGCUCAUCCCGUGGUCGAUUCACAACAGAACCCCCGACAACCAGCAAGAGUUGGUUUGGGCGAUUUUUUGGAGGUGAUGACAGCACUACAACUCGCAAACCCAGCCGACCAUCGUUUGGUGACGGCGGCGACAGCUCUUUUGGCAGUGGCCGUGGCAGCUCUUUCGGUGGCGGUGACAGCUCCUUUGGCGGCGGACGUGGUAGUUCUUUUGGUGGCGGUGACAGCUCCUUCGGUAGUGGCCGUGGUAGCUCAUCCGGUGGUUCCGGAGGUUGUCCAUAUUCGGUGGACGCCUAUACACCAAGUGACGAUUUCUCCUACUUAUUCUCUGGCACAACCGUUUAUGCUUUGAGUGGCAGAAGAGUUCAUAAAACUUACCGCCUGAGCGAACUGUUCCCUUCUGCUCCGUCGCAUGUCGACGCUGCUGUGUUCAAUCCAACUUCGGGAAUGAUGCUUUUGUUCGGUAAUCGUCAGGUCUAUGGCUAUUACUUUUCUCGUUUACGGGGUGUGUUCCAAUUGGACUCUGGUUAUCCGAAGCGACUACCAGCGGAUAUUUCGUUUACGCCUCGGGGAGCGUUGCGGUGGAUCAAUGGGCACCAGAUUCUUCUAUCGGAUGGGGAUGAGUUCUCCGUCUACGAUGAAUUCUGGAACCAAUCAACAAUGAAGAAUCGGGUGUCAAGCUAUUUCCCCAACUUACCGUCUGGAGUUCGAGGGAUAGAAUCACCAUCCGGCUCCACAGUGACAGCAUUCACUUCAUCCAUGGUCUUCCAGUACAAUUCAAGAACAAAACGGGUCGAAUCACAAACAUCACUUUCAAGCUACCUUCAAUGUUGA